AUGUCUCAGCCGGAUUCUCCCACCAAAGAGGAGGCUCAAGUCACACUCUCAUCCGACAAAGAUUCUGGAAAUGUCGAUGCAGCUUGGAAGUUUCUCGACAAGAACCGAGAUGCCGCUGGUGCUUCUGAGUAUGUCGACAUCGACAAGAUGAGGCGUAAGAUUGAUUGGCAUAUUGUUCCUCUCAUGUUCUGUUGCUACACGAUGCAAUUCCUUGACAAGGUCAUCCUCAAUUACUCCGCCGUCAUGGGCCUCAACCAAGAUCUCAAUCUGAAAGGAAACGACUUUUCCAACAUCGCAACGUUCUUGUUCGUCGGUCUUCUUUGUUUCGAGAUCCCCAAUAUCUACUUUCUUCAAAUGGUCCCCGCCGGCAAAUGGUUGGGAGCCAACGUCAUCGCUUGGGGCAUAGCUACAGCCUGUGGAGCUGCUGCGCACAAUUACCAAACCCUCCUCGUAUCUCGAAUCUUCCUGGGAAUUUUUGAAGCGACGAUCGGACCCUCCCUCAUGUUGAUCAGCAGUCAAUGGUACACCAAGUCUGAGCAGGCUCCUCGAUUCUCAUUCUGGUACCUUGGUCUCGGUCUGGGUCAGAUCGUGGGUGGACUGGUGUCCUAUGGUUUCCAGCAUAUCGGUCCUGGCUCGUCUCUUGCAGGAUGGCGUAUCAUGUUCAUCACCCUUGGCCUAAUCACUGUCAUCAUUGGCUUAGCUACACUUAUCUUCCUCCCUGAUACACCAAUGAAAGCCAAGUGGCUCACGAGCAGCGAAAAGGUAGCGCUGCUCAAGCACGUCAGUGUCAACCAGACGGGUAUCCAGAGCCGCAAAUUCCGCCCCAAGGAAAUCGUUGAGGCGUUAUGCGAUCCUCAAUUGUAUCUUAUGCUCCUCUCAGUUGUUCUUCUUUCGGUAUCAUCUGGUGUGGUCACAACCUACUCUGCCACUCUUAUCCGCAACCUUGGCUACAACCCAAAGAGAGCUGCUUUGAUGAACAUGCCUUCGGGUGUUGUCAGCAUCUUCUUCACAUUGGCUGUUGGCUUUGGUAUUCGUCAUCAGUCACACCGCUGGGCCUGGAUCAUCAUGUGCAUCAUUCCUGCUAUCCUCGGUGGUGCCCUCAUGUCAUUUCUUUCCACUUCAAACAAGGCUGGUUGUCUGGCUGGAAUCUACCUGGUCAAUGCCGUUGUCGCUCCUCUAACCAUCUUCUACAACUGGACAGCUGCGAACUUUGGAGGUGCCACUAAGAGAGCGUUCGCUGCCGCCAUCGUCUCCGGUUCGUUCUCGCUGGGUAACAUCAUCGGACCACAGACAUUCCAAUCAAAGGACGCUCCAGAAUUCCGACCUGCCAAAUUGGCUGUCAUGGGUACUCAAGCCGGCUGUGCCCUGACUACCUUUGCACUAUUCAUGUACUACGUCUGGGCAAACAAGAGACGGGAUGAUCGUACUAAACAGGUUGAAGACGCGUUUAUGUCGCCUGAAGUCUGGUCUACCAUGACGGAUAAGGAAAACAAGCAUUUCCGCUACACGUAUUAG